CGGCGAGGGGCGAGUAAAAAACGGACCACUUCCGGCGAGGGGCGUGAUGGAGAAGGGUGGCUUCCCCCACACCGCGGUGUGCUGCCGGCGCGUGACGAGUGCGACGCAGGAGGCGGCCGCCGACCUCUCAAGCUCCUUAACCGGUUCGGCCCUCCGGGUCCCUUCCGCCCUCUGCCCCUCCCUUGGUUCGCGCCUCCCCGGAGCCCCGCUGCCGCGGAGGCCCCGGGCUGACUGAGGGGACCGCAGGAGCCGCUCCGCUCCCUGCGGAGACUGACUGACCUGCGGUCCUUGGCCCCGGAGCUGCCGACGGAGGGAUGCGUGCCUUGGGCCAGGACCAACCGUGUAAGGUCUUCUGGGGAGGCCAGACGUGGGACUGACCAGGCCCAGGGCAGCCACGAAGUCUUCUGGCAGAUUCCGGUGAGUCGGAACUCCCCGGUGAUGUGACUGGCUGAAGGACUAUCCUGGUCUGGUCACCGGGACUGACCAAGCCAGGCCAAAGCAGUUCGGGGGCCCUAACCUGGGCGAAAGGUCUGAACUGACCUGACAAGGCACCAGACUGACUAGACCAGCCUGCUUCACCGAUGUCCUGACCCCACCACCAGUGUAGCCAUGGAGAAGAUGUCCCGUGUGACAACAGCCCUGGGUGGCAGUGCACUGACAGGCCGCACCAUGCACUGCCACCUGGAUGCACCAGCCAACGCCAUCAGUGUGUGCCGUGAUGCCGCCCAAGUAGUUGUGGCAGGCCGCAGCAUCUUCAAGAUCUACGCCAUAGAGGAGGAGCAGUUUGUGGAAAAACUGAACCUCCGCGUGGGCCGCAAGCCCUCACUCAACCUGAGCUGUGCUGAUGUGGUCUGGCACCAGAUGGAUGAGAACCUGCUGGCCACAGCAGCCACCAAUGGUGUGGUAGUCACAUGGAACCUGGGUCGGCCAUCCCGCAACAAGCAGGACCAGCUGUUCACAGAACACAAGCGCACAGUGAACAAAGUCUGCUUCCACCCCACCGAAGCCCAUGUGCUGCUCAGUGGCUCCCAGGAUGGCUUCAUGAAGUGCUUUGACCUCCGCAGGAAGGACUCUGUCAGCACCUUCUCGGGCCAGUCUGAGAGUGUACGGGAUGUCCAGUUCAGCAUCCGGGACUACUUUACCUUUGCCUCCACCUUUGAGAAUGGCAAUGUGCAGCUUUGGGACAUCCGCCGUCCUGAUCGAUGUGAGAGAAUGUUCACAGCUCACAACGGGCCUGUCUUCUGCUGCGACUGGCACCCUGAGGACAGGGGCUGGCUGGCCACAGGUGGGCGUGACAAGAUGGUGAAGGUCUGGGACAUGACCACGCCCCGCGCCAAAGAGAUGCACUGCGUGCAGACCAUUGCCUCUGUGGCGCGUGUCAAGUGGCGACCCGAGUGCCGCCACCACCUGGCCACGUGCUCCAUGAUGGUAGACCACAACAUCUACGUGUGGGAUGUGCGCCGGCCCUUUGUGCCUGCUGCCAUGUUUGAGGAGCACCGUGAUGUCACCACGGGCAUUGCCUGGCGCCACCCACACGACCCCUGCUUUCUACUCUCAGGCUCUAAGGACAGCACGCUGUGCCAGCAUCUGUUCCGUGAUGCCAGCCAGCCCGUGGAGCGCGCCAACCCUGAGGGCUUGUGCUAUGGCCUCUUCGGGGAUGUGGCCUUUGCAGCCAAGGACAGCUUAGUGGCUGCUGAGUCGGGACGCAAGCCCUAUGCUGGCGACCGGCGCCACCCCAUCUUCUUCAAGCGCAAGCUGGACCCUGCCGAGCCCUUUUCUGGCCUUGCUUCUAGUGCUCUCAGUGUCUUUGAGACAGAGCCUGGUGGUGGCAGCAUGAGUUGGUUUGUGGACACAGCUGAGCGCUAUGCUCUGGCCGGCCGGCCAUUGGCUGAACUCUGUGACCACAAUGCAAAGGUGGCUCGGGAACUAGGCCGUAACCAGGUGGCGCAGACAUGGACCAUGCUGCGGAUCAUCUACUGCAGCCCUGGUCUGGUAUCCUCUGCCAGCCUUAACCACAGUGUGGGUAAAGGCAGCUCCUGUGGCCUGCCACUUAUAAACAGUUUCAACCUGAAGGAUAUGACCCCAGGGCUAGGCAGUGAGACGCGGCUGGACCGGAGCAAGGGGGACACACGGAGCGACACCGUUCUGCUUGACUCCUCAGCCACACUCAUCACCAAUGAGGAUAAUGAGGAAACCGAAGGCAGCGAUGUACCUGCUGACUACCUGCUGGGUGAUGUUGAGGGUGAGGAGGAUGAGCUGUACCCACUGGACCCAGAACAUGUGCAUCCCGAGGAGCCCGAGUACGUGCUGCCACAGGAGGCCUUCCCAUUGCGCCACGAGAUUCUGGACACACCGUCUGGGCCUGAGCACCUGCAGGACAAGGCCGACUCGCCACAUGUGAGCGGCAGUGAGGCAGAUGCAGCCUCUCUGGCACCUGUGGACUCUUUCUCCCUCCUGUCCAUCUCCCAUGCGCUCUAUGACAGCCGCCUGCCACCGGACUUCUUUAGUGUGCUGGUGUGUGACAUGCUGCGCUUCUACGCUGAGCAGGGUGAUGUGCAGAUGGCUGUGUCUGUGCUCAUCGUGCUGGGCGAACGGGUGCGCAAGGACAUUGACGAGCAGACCCAGGAGCACUGGUACACAUCCUACAUCGACCUGCUGCAGCGCUUCUGCCUCUGGAACGUGUCCAACGAGGUGGUCAAGCUAAGCACCAGCCGUGCCGUCAGCUGCCUCAAUCAGGCAUCCACCACGCUGCAUGUCAACUGCAGCCACUGCAAGAGGCCCAUGAGCAGCCGCGGCUGGGUCUGCGACAGGUGCCACCGCUGUGCCAGUAUGUGUGCUGUCUGCCACCAUGUGGUCAAGGGUCUCUUCGUGUGGUGCCAGGGCUGCAGCCACGGAGGCCACCUGCAGCACAUCAUGAAGUGGCUGGAGGGGAGCUCUCACUGCCCUGCCGGCUGCGGUCACCUAUGCGAGUACUCCUGA